GAACAAAAACAAAGAAAAGGAAAAUAGCCGUUGCAAUUCCACUACUUGUCGUUUUUUCCCAACCAAAGCCCCUAAAUCUUCUUCUUCUUCAGCCUCCUCAAUCCCACAUCGCUCCAAUCAAUCAAGUUUUAAUCUUUCUCUCUUCCCAGAUUGAAUCGUUAUUGGGUUUCGGAUUUUUUUUUGGGUACUAAUGGCUUCAUCAAGAACCGCAACCAAGGACAUCAUCACUCUGCGUGGCUCCGCUGCCAUUGUCAGCGAGUUUUUUGGCUAUUCAGCGAACAGCAUUUUGUACAAUCGAGGAGUGUAUCCUGAAGAAAGUUUUGUAAAGGUCAAGAAAUAUGGGCUGCCUAUGUUGCUCACUCAGGAUGAGGGUCUCAAAUCUUUUAUUGCCAAUCUAACUUCCCAGCUUUCUGAAUGGCUGGAAUCUGGCAAGUUACAGAGGAUUGUUCUGGUGAUCAUGAGUAAGGCCACUAAUGAGGUUCUAGAGAGGUGGAACUUCAGCAUCGAGACCGACAGUGAGGUCGUCGAGAAGGGUGUUUCGAGGGAAAAGAGUGACAAGGAGAUUAUGAGGGAGAUUCAAGCAAUCAUGAGGCAGAUUGCUUCUAGCAUUACUUACCUGCCAUGCCUUGAUGAACCCUGUGUUUUUGAUGUUUUGGCAUACACUGAUAAGGAUGUUCAAGUCCCAUUCACUUGGGUGGAAAGUGAUCCCAAACUGAUAGACAAUCCACAAAUGGUGAAGCUGCAUUCCUUUGACACCAAGAUUCACAAGGUCAACACUCUGGUAUCCUACAAGAACGAUGAAUGGGAUGAGGAGUAGGAUAUAAUCCAUCUGUCCUAGACUCUGGUGUUGUGAAUGUUUCAGUUCACAUUUUGUUGAUAGUUGGAAAGUUGACGAUUCAUGUACUACUGUACUAGUGCUAUUUGCAAGAUGUUCUCAGUAACAUGAAUAUUAUCGAAUUUAUCGGCUGUAUGUAUAA